CAUCAAUCCAACCUUAAACAAACCUAAGAACUUUGAAACCCUGCUGGAUUGUGUAACAUAUGUAUACUCUGACGUAUUAGGUAUGACAUUUACACUACCGAUAAAGAACGACAGAAAGAAGCCAUAUACCGCGACUGUACUUAUAGUUGUUGAUACUUGCUCCUUCCAGACUUCUAUUAUUAGUGGCUUGUUAAAUUACCCCUGCACCAGCUGCCCCAGACUGGAUUUAUGUUGCGAUAUCCAUUAGUAUUUCUAUAAAUGACAGCCUUGGGUAAUACCAAAGUCCUAUAUCCUACCUACCUAACAGUCAGAGUGACUACCUAUAGGUAGGUAAAGGGUUCAUGCUGCGCUGCACAUGUUAGAUGCUUGAGUAAUUGUCAGAAUUCAUCAAACUAUCGAUGAAGAUCUUCUAUUUAAUCGCUUUCAAUGGCUUCUAGAGGACGCUUUACGGUAGUUCUCCUAUCAAUACGGCGCCUUCAUGACGUGAGCGACAAUGGCACCCCAGCAGCCAGCUGAGAGUUAUGCCUAAGGGGCUGGAAGCAAACGGUAUAUAAUCGCCUAGGAAUUCCGUGUUUGUUCUCUUCUAGUACAAUCCGAGUCCAAAGCACCAAGCCACUGUCUCCUUCUCUCCUCGAGAUCCUUUGGUUCGCGUACAAUCGCCAUCUCAAGAUUCUUGGUUAAGGUAUUGACCGAAAACCUACGACUGUAACACGAUACAUCUCAACAGACUGAAAUCAUCUUCCAAUAUGCGAGGUGCUUUCAGCACAUACGCCCUAGGGGCCAUCCUCGGAAGCUUGCUGUUCUCCGGUGCCCAUGCCCAGAUGAAAGUCAGCAGCUUUGAUGGCAACGUCACAGAUGACGAGUUAAAAUCAUUCAACGACUUCGUCACUACGCUAAAGCCUGGUACAUCGAACAAGGGCAACGAGUGGGCUCAGGGUCACAGUGGUGAACAGAUAAAGGCAAUGGGCCUUGUCUACCAGAUGGCCGGAGAGAAGGAGACUCUUGACCAGAUGCUCCGAUUUUGCGAUGCCGUGCUAUCGGAGAGGAACGAUUUAGCGAAGGCUCCAGUAGGCCAGUAUAAGAUUUGGACUGGAGGAAUCGACCCUGUUUGGCCAAAUGAUGUCACUAAGACACCGAUCGCUACCGGCGGAGAGCAAGGCGACCCAGUCGGGCACCUAGCUAGUUGUUCAUACCUUAUUUUGAACACGAAGAAUCUCUACAGCCAGAAGGUAGCUAUCGGCGACCCUCACAAUUAUGGCGCUACCUACUUAGAGCGGGCCAAGACCUACCUCAAGCAAGCAGAUGCCUCGAUGAGCAACCACAUCCUCAAGCGGCUGUUGGAUGUUUCGAACGGAAAUAAGAUGUACUUCGCUAAGGACGCGCCUUAUAUGGGCGGCAAAGCCGUCCCCUGGAACCAACAGAUGAUGUUCAACUACGCAUUCCUCAACCUUGUCAACGCGCACAAAAUCCUCAAUGACAACCCCACGUUGCUAAACAAGUACAAGUCAGUCAUCAGCGCUAGCAUAGAAUGGUUCUUUCAUGGUGGAGGUGCCCAGACCAAGAAAAGCAAGAAGGGUAGCACAGUCUACGACUGGGGUUAUACCAUGCCCAAGACAAGCGGAGAAGACUCGAACCACGGCGCGCUUGACGUUGCUGGGUUUGCCCGUACUUAUAUCGACGGCAGCUACGGCAUCACGGCCGACGAGAUGAAGACCUUGGCCAACGUGUUCGUCGAUGUCAUGACUCUAGGAGACAAGAAGUAUGCCGGGACUGUGGACGGCCAGUCCAAGGGCGGCCACGCUUCAGCUACCACCUCUGUCCGCACCGGAUAUCUGUUCUUGGCGGAAUUCCGACCAAAUGCUUACGAGUCUAUGAUGUCCGCGGAUCUUGCAGUCGGGAAAACUACCAAAAGCACCGAUGCGUUCUCUCGUUUUCUGUGGGUGAAGCAUCGACGUGCUGGUGCAAAAUAAGUCAAACAUACCCAAAAGAAUACUGUCUAGAUUGAGUAAUAUCUCACGGGAUGUAUUGAGAAGAAUUGAUAGCGACACAUACGACUCAUAUUUUCUUUGACAGGAUUCG